AUGCCCACACCCAAUCUCUCUGCCCCUCUGCCUGUUUUCUGGCUCAGCACCUCUGCCAGCGGUGUGCUGAGUGUGGGUGAUACUGCGCUGCCUGUUGAAUUCCCUGCCCUGAGGGUUGUGCUUGCCCUGGCCUAUGGGCUUGUAGGGGCCGUUGGAUUUAUGGGAAACUUGGCCGUGCUGUGGGUGCUGGGUAAUUGUGCUCGGCGAGCCCCUUGCCCACCGUCUGACACUUUUGUCUUCAACCUGGCUCUGGCAGACCUGGGGCUGGCACUCACUCUCCCCUUCUGGGCGGCUGAGUCCGCCCUGGGCUCCCACUGGCCCUUUGGAGGUGCCCUCUGCAAGAUGUUCCUGACGGCCACUGUCUUCAACAUCUACGCCAGCGUCUUCCUCAUCACGGCGCUGAGUGUUGCCCGAUACUGGGUGGUGGCCAUGGCUGCAGGACCAGGCACCCCUCUUCCCCUCUUCUGGGCCCGCAAGGCCACCCUGGCAGUGUGGGUGGCAGCUGCCCUGUUAGCAGUGCCCACGGCAGUCUUUGGGACAGAGGGGGAGGUGUGGGGCGUGCAUCUCUGCCUGCUGCGCUUCUCCAGCAGGUACUGGCUGGGGGCCUACCAGCUGCAGAGGGUGGUGCUGUUCUUCGUGGUGCCCCUGGGUAUCACCACCACCAGCUACCUGCUGCUGCUGGCCUUCCUGCGAAGAAGGCGGCGGGACAGCAGGGUCGGCCGCUCCGUCUGCAUCCUGGUGGCCGCCUCCUCCCUCUGCUGGUUCCCCAGCCACAUGACCUCUCUCUGGAGUGUCCUCGUGAAUUCUGACCUGGUUCCCUGGGACAGCACUUUCUCCGCCGUCCACACCCACGUCUGCCCUGUCACCAGCUGCUUGGUACACAGCAACAGCUGCCUCAACCCCGUGCUGUACUGUCUCCUGCGGCAGGAGUCCCGGCAGGCCCUGGCAGGCACCUUCAGGGAUCUCCGAGCGUGGCUGUGGCCCCAGGACCGGGGUGAAGCAGGGGGCCUUAAAGGAGGUAGGCAGGCGGUGAGUGGAGAGCACCCCCAGGAGAGCGGCCCUUCUACCAUGCUCACCAUGGACAAAGGAACACCUGGGUGA